UCAUUCAUUAGUUCACUGUCGGAGUGUGGCGUUGACAGUUGUAAUGUCAAAUUAAAGACAAUUUUUCGAAUUUCCGUGCCUUUGUGUAGGCUUAAUUAUUCUUAAAACUAAUGUGAUUGUUUAAUAUAUAAAGGCUUACAUUGUUAUCCUAGUUAUAUUCAUUGGUGCUGUGUUGUGUAAUUAAACAUCUAGGAUUAAAAUAGUUAGCUGUGCAACAGCUGAUCCUGUUGUGAAUUUACGAAUUUGGUAUCCAAAAGAUGCUGGUUUUAAUACUUAAAUGAUCGAAGUACUUAAUUGAGAUAGUGUCACUAUAAGUGCCAAAUAAUUAUAAAUAAUAUUAAGUAAUAAUGGAUCCUGGAUACUUUGAUAUAGAGAGGAAACAGAAUCCGAGGGAGACGGCGAGUUUGUUCUCCAAAUUUUGCUACUGGUACACACGACCGAUCUUCGCGAAGGGAAGGAAAGGUCAACUCAGCAUAUCUGAUGUCUACAGGUGUACACCGGGUCAUAGGGCGACGCCACGCGGCGAUGCUAUGGGCAUAGAAUGGAAAAAGCAGCUCGAAAAAAGAGAUAAAGGCAAGGAGCCAUCUCUCCUACGAGCUAUAAUCCAGGCUUACGGCCUGAAGUUCAUCAUAGCUAAUAUUAUAUACGCGAUCGUCGAUGCCGCUAUCAGGCUAUCGAUACCAAUGUGUUUGGAAGGCCUCAUCAACUAUUUCUCGCCGUCACACGCCGGGAUCAAACCAAACGAAGCUUACCUCUACGCCAUAGGAGUAGUCGGGUUCAUGGCUCUAAGUGCUAGCUUGGUGCAUCCCAUGUUGCUAUGGUUACUCGACAUGGCUAUGAAGGUCCGAGUCGCUUGCGGAUCUCUAAUAUACAGAAAGUUGCUACGACUAGAUCUAACAGCCGGCGGCAAGGCGUCGGAAGGACUAGCGGGUCACGUGGUCAACCUAUUGACAACAGACGCGCAGAGAUUCGACAUGGCCAGCCUGUUCAUGGUUGACCUGGUCAGGACGCCUAUAGAAAGCACUCUGAUCGUGUACCUCAUGUACAGACAGAUCGGGGUUGCUACGCUUAUAGGUGUCGCGUUUCUACUCAUGUUUAUACCACUGCAGGGUUACCUGGGCAAGAUAUCGAGUAAGCUCCGCCGUCAGACGGCCGUCAGGACGGAUAACCGUAUCCGGUUGAUGAACGAGGUCAUUCAGAGCAUCGAGGCGAUCAAGAUGUACGCCUGGGAGAACGCCUUCGCUAGGAUUAUAGGGAAGGCUAGGAAGAAAGAAAUGAACGUAAUAAAAAAAAUGUCCUGGCUAAGAGCCGUAAUGAUAUCCUGCGUUAAACUGAACACCAAAGUUGCUAUACUAUUAAGUAUAGUUUCAUACAUCUCCUUCCAAAAUGAUCUGACAGCCGCCAAAGUUUUCGUCAUAUUCUCUUAUUACGAGAUUCUGAAGUACACUCUAGUCGAUUUCUUGCCGUUGGCUAUAACAUUCACGUUAGAAGCCUAUGUGAGUGUGAAGAGGAUGCAAGAGUUUCUACUCUUGCCGGAAGUUGAUAACCAAGAUGGCGUCGACCUGUUGACUAUUGAAGAGAAGGCUGUCGUUGCUAAUGGUGUUUUUGAGAAGAUUGGGAAUGGUCAACAAGCUUAUAUCAAAUCUGAGAAUAAUCUAGAACAUCUGAAGCCACAAGUUCUGAUAGCCAUGAAGGAUUACACAGCACACUGGAAGAACGUGGACGAUGACACCAUGGAUGGGAAGAUACAGGCUCUCGGAGAUAUCAAUCUAGCUAUAAAACCAGAAACUCUAACGACUAUAGUGGGCACUGUGGGGUCGGGUAAGUCCACUCUGCUGCAGGCGAUGCUGCGCGAGCUCUCGCCCACUAGUGGGCAUUUAUCCGUGAACGCCAUAGUGGCCUAUGCUGCCCAGGAACCUUGGCUGUUUGAGGCUUCCGUUCGUCAAAACAUCCUUUUCGGUCAAGACAUGGACCUGCGCAGGUACAAGCAAGUCAUCAAGUGUUGCCAGCUCAAGACAGACCUGGAAAUAUUACCCAAUGGAGACAAAACUAUAGUCGGUGAACGAGGCGCAUCGUUGUCCGGCGGCCAGCGCGCGCGCAUAUCGCUGGCUCGCUGCGUGUAUCAGAACGCUGAUGUCUACUUGCUGGACGAUCCACUGGCCGCUGUCGAUGCCAAGGUGGCCCACGCCAUCUACGAGGAGUGUAUCCGCUCGUUCCUGCGCGAGAAGGCCACAGUGCUGGUCACGCACCACGUGCAGUACGCGCGACACGCGCACUGCGUCUGCGUCAUGCGCGCGGGCAGGAUCGUAGCCCAAGGAACAUACCACGAAUUGAAGAACGGCGUAGCGGAGUUCGAGAAGUUGAUAGAAAUGGGCGAGAAGGUGGAAGAGGAGAAGCAGAAGCAGAAGGCCACCACCUACGAGAAUUCAGAAAACGUGGAGCACAGUUACAAGCUUCGGUCCCAGAGGUCGAUGUCCGAGGCGUCUCAGCUGUCUUUUAAUCUAGAUUUAGAUAAUAACAUGGACCCUAAAUACGAAGGUGAGAGCCAAAAGAAGGGCUCUGUGGACAACAGCGUGUAUGUGUCAUACAUCCGCAGCGGCGGCAGCACCCUGUCCAUGGCUCUGCUGAUACUGCUGUUCUUGUUGGCGCAAUUAUUCUACUCCUCAACGGAUGUCUGGCUCAAGGAGUGGGUAAAUCUUGAAGAAUCCAAAAGUGCUCUGAAAGCGUCGAAUACGAACUCCACAGCGCCACCAGUCCUCUUUGAAGACAUACCGAGCAACCGUUUCCACCUGACCCGCGACCAGUGCCUUUACAUCUACGGAGGUCUGAUAGCGACCUGCAUAGUCUUCACGUGGAACAAACUCGUCAUCUUCUAUAACACUUGUAUCAGAGCCUCCGUGUCGCUACAUGAUAAUAUGUUCAGAGGAGUGACGAGUGCCCCCAUGUGGUUCUUCCACCACAACCCCUCGGGGCGCAUUCUGAACCGGUUCUCCAAGGACAUGGGGCAGGUCGAUACGUUACUGCCCGUCGCCCUGGUCGAUUGUCUUGGGUUCUUCCUGGAAGUGAUAGCCAUCCUGGUGGUGGUGUGCCUGGUGAACUGGUGGCUGCUGCUGCCGACGGGCGUGGUGGCGGUGCUGCUGUUCCUCAUGAGGGACCUGUUCCUCAACACGUCCAGGGAGCUCAAGAGGAUCGAGGCUAUAGCUCGAAGCCAAUCCCUCAACCACCUGUCCGCAACAGUCUCGGGUCUCACCACCAUCAGGUCCUCGCGCCACCACCAGCGCACGCUAGUCCGCGAGUUCGACAAGCAACAGGACCUGCACUCUUCAUCAUGGACGCUGGUCCUCAACACCAACAGGGCCUUCGGAUUCUGGAUGGAUAUGAUCUGCUGUCUCUAUCUGGCUUUCGUUACUUUCAGCUUCUUUUUGUUUGCGAGUGAAGACACGAUAGGCGGUAAUGUGGGUCUAGCCAUAACGCAGGUCAUAGGCUUGGUCGGCAUGUGCCAGUACGGCAUGAGGCAGACCGCCGAGGUUGAGAACCAGAUGACUUCGGUGGAGAGGAUAUUAGAAUACACCAACCUGCCUCCCGAACAGCCUCUAGACGUAGACAAGGAGGCUCUGAAGAGGGAACAUCCCGACUUGGACUUUGAGAAGUGGCCCACUAAAGGUGAGAUAGAGUUCGAGGACGUGUCGCUGGAGUACGAGAAGCCCCCGCAGGCGGCGGGCGGCGGGCAGGCGGCGCUGGCCAUCCGCGGCGUGACCCUGAGGGUGCGGCCCGCGGAGAAGGUGGCCGUCGUCGGCAGGACCGGCGCCGGGAAGAGCUCGCUGCUCAGCGCGCUCUUCAGACUGGCCCGCGUGUCGGGCUCGGUCCGCGUGGACGGCGUGAGCGCGUCCACGGCGGGGCUGCGCGCGUGGCGCUCCCGACUGUGCGCGCUCCCGCAGCGACCCGCCCUGUUCGCGGCCGCGCUCCGGGACAACCUCGACCCCGAGGGACUCUACUCCGACGCAGACAUAUACCGGGCUCUGGACCAGGUUGAGCUACGUGAAAUGGUAGCGAACAUGCCGGCGGGGCUCAACACUAAGGUGGGCGACGGCGGCGGCAACCUGUCCGCGGGACAGAGACAGCUCGUCUGUCUCGCUCGCGCCGCCCUCGCCGGCUGCAAGGUGCUCAUACUCGACGAGGCCACGGCUAAUGUUGAUACAGACACGGACAAGCACAUCCAGCGCACGAUCCGCACGAGGUUCGCGCGCUCCACCGUGCUCACCAUCGCGCACAGGCUCAACACCGUCAUGGACUACGACAGGGUCAUCGUUAUGGACAAAGGUCGUGUCGCCGAGUCGGGUCAUCCUUUCGAGCUGCUGUCCCAGGGCGGCGGACAGAGGAAGGACGACACCGUGCCCCGGAACCGCCUGCUGUCCAAGAGUCAGGCGCCUCUAGCUAUUCCAGAGAACUUCACGUUCGACCCCAGCACGGAGCCGGCUGACCAGAACGAGACCCUCGUGCUGUCCAGGGACAGAAUACGGACUUACUCCGGCAGGUCGGAGGUGUCGGAGGCGGAGGGCGGCAUCUUCAAGGCGCUGGUGGAGCAGACCGGGCCCGAGACCGCCGCGCUGCUCUACAGCAUGGCCGAGGAGAGUUACAACAAAUUACAAGAAUCUAAGAAGAAUUCGUGAAGACGCACAUUAGACAGUAAUAAAACACAUUCCUAAUAUCCCUUGAAUCGUUGGUCAACCAAAAUAGAGAUACUCUGAAAAGUAUGUGUAAUAAUAUUGUAACAUCCCACUGUUGGGCAAAGCCCUCAUCUUAUCUAGACAAACAAUAUAAAAAUAUUGUUUUCAUAAAAAGUUCUUUUUUAAUUACUAGGAUUGCAUAGUUUUGCAACUGAAUUAACUUGCCCGUUGGAAAGUGAAUUAGAAAAGUUAGUUAAAAAUAUAUAAUUUGACAUCUUGCCUUAGAGCAAUACAGGUUCCAGUUGAAUAAGAGAGAGGGCGCUACACAACGCUAGCUGCGUCUUGCUUCCACAGCUGGAAUAAUGUUGCUUUAUGAGGUCAAGGUGGUUGUCGUGGAACAUUGCGCGCGACAACCGUUAGACUUUUAAAGUCUGUUGUUGCUGUUCGCUGCAACCAAAAGUCGGUAUUAUAUUUGUUGCGAAAAUUUUCUGUGUCUCGGAAAUGUUUAAAAUUGACUCUUAAAUUGAAACUUAUUUUUUCUGUUUUUUUUUGGUUGCUAUGGCAACCAGAUUGUUAAGAUUGGUUGACCAACGCAAGGGCGAAAACGCUGCCAUUUUCGGUGAACUAUAUACCAACAGUAUUUAAUUAUAAUUUUUUUAUUAUUAUUAUUUAAUUAAAACGUACUUAGUACUGUAGUGAGGCAAUGAGACGAAAUAAAAAAUAUUAAUAUUUAGAUUCAUAACUUAUUCAUUACAAACCAGAUUCAUGGAAAAUGGAAAUCAAUUUUGAUAUAAAAUCUAAUAGAAAUAAACGGAAAAAAACUGUUGUCAACUUCAGUACCGAACAAUUACCUGUACCACGAAACGCACAACGACAGCUAUCUAACGGUAGCUAUAGAACAAAUUAGGUCUUGUUAGUUGAUAUCAUCAUGUAACUCAGUAGAGGUCAGUUUAUAUAGUUUUUAUUUCGUCUUAUUGUCUAAUUUUCAUAUGCCUUACUAUGUCUUGUACGAUAUUCGACUAUUGUGAUGAGUGCUUCUAGCGAAGAAUACAGCGCCACUGAUGACAGUGGACAAAUAUGGAACUAAAGUGCCUGCUUUUGUGUUUAUAUGCUAAACUUAUGACAGUUUGGAUUGCACGGAUAGCCGAGUGGUUAUAAGGCAAUCAUGCUGCGCGAUUCGCACGAGUCGCUGGUUCGAUCCCCGCGUAGGACAAACAUUUGUGUGAUCCACGAAUGCUUGUCCUAAGUCUGGGUGUCUUUGUGCAUGUGAGUUGAAUGUUUGUGAAACUCCCCGCGAUAAUGGAAUUAAAUUUCUUGAGAAGUCGUUUUUCUAAACUGUUGUUUUAAGUUUGGCAUAUAAAAUAUAUAAAUAGAAUAGCAAAAUUCUUGCCUUUUGAAAGCUUAACCUGAAGCUUGCAUUAAAGAAGGCUGAUGACCACUGGAUUAUCAUAAACUUUGCAAGCAGUAACAAUAAGAAUUUAUUUAUUACAUUUAGUAAGUCUAUGAAAAAUAGAUUUUAAUAAA